AUAUUCAUACUGUUUGUAGCAGAAAAAUCCGGUGCAGAGUUGAUGAUAGUGCUGGUCGUAUGAUCAUAUAACUGCGUUCAUUAAAAUAAAUUAAAAAAAUAGUUUGUUAGAAAUCUUCAUGAUCUGAACUAGUCCGAGAAAGCGGUCAGUCAUUUGGACGCGCUGUCUAGAUGGUGAUUUGGAUCAGGUGUUCAAUAUAAAAACAAUCAAUCCACACGGUGCCGGAAUGAGCUUUUUCGGUUUUGGUCAAAGUGCUGAAAUCGACAUAGUUUUAAAUGACGCCGAGACGCGGAAAAAGGUAGAACACAAGACGGAAGAUGGUAAAAAAGAUAAAUACUUCUUAUUUUACGACGGCGAGACGGUUUCUGGCAAAGUCAACAUCACGCUUAAAAACCCUGGGAAAAGGCUCGAACACCAGGGCAUUAAAAUCGAGUUUAUCGGGCAGAUCGAGUUAUACUAUGACAGAGGGAACCAUCAUGAAUUUGUAUCCCUGGUGAAGGACCUGGCUCGGCCGGGUGAGAUGAGCCAAUCUCAGACAUUUGACUUUGAGUUCACACAUGUGGAGAAACCAUAUGAAUCAUACACGGGCCAGAACGUCAAACUCCGCUAUUUUCUACGAGCGACUGUCAGCAGAAGGCUAAACGACCUCAGCAAAGAGAUGGACAUUGUCGUGCACACACUCAGCACAUAUCCAGAACUGAACUCCUCUAUUAAGAUGGAAGUCGGGAUUGAGGAUUGCCUACACAUUGAGUUUGAGUACAACAAAUCAAAGUAUCAUCUGAAGGAUGUGAUAGUUGGAAAAAUCUAUUUCCUAUUGGUGCGUAUUAAAAUCAAGCAUAUGGAGAUUGACAUCAUUAAGAGGGAGACAACAGGAACUGGGCCCAAUGUUUACCAUGAAAAUGACACCAUUGCGAAGUAUGAAAUCAUGGAUGGAGCACCAGUCAGAGGUGAAUCUAUCCCAAUCCGACUUUUCUUGGCUGGCUAUGAAAUGACUCCCACAAUGAGAGACAUCAACAAAAAGUUCUCUGUUCGCUAUUACCUCAAUCUCGUGCUCAUCGACGAAGAGGAGAGACGUUAUUUUAAACAACAGGAGAUAACGUUAUGGAGGAAGGGAGACAUUGUGAGGAAGAGCAUGUCCCAUCAAGCUGCCAUCGCCUCACAGCGCUUUGAAGGCUCAGCUAGUGCAGAGAAGGCCAUCGCCCAGGCCAAGGAGGACGAAAACGAAUAACCUGCAAAACAUGUCUCAUCUACCAGUGUAAAACUGUAGGGUUGUGAGUGAGUGUGUACGAGUAUGUGUGAGUGAGUGUGUGAAUGAGAGUGUGUGUGUGUGAGAGGGCAUGAAUGAGUGUGCUUGCGUGUGUGUGUUUUCGAACACGCCUGUUUUGAAUGUAUACAUGUGGGGAUGCAGCUAAAGCAUGAUGGUCUUUUUCAUUCCAUUCUGUGAUUUAAAAAAAAAAAGAAGCUUGAAAAUACCAUUUUAAGAAGCGAUGUAAACAGGGAAAGAUGUCUAUUCAAUGUCUAUUCACAGUUAUAGAGUCUCAUUUGCCAAUAUAUUCUCGAUUCAACAUUUUUCAUCAUUCCUUUCAAUUUGAUUGCACUUCAUUUGGUCCCAAAUUUUAGUGUCUUUUAUUUUACAUUUGGUUUUCAUUUUGUUUUAUCUUGACCCCACUGUUUAAACUGCCCGAGACACAAUAUCUUUUACCAUUUUUGUGCUAUAAGGUCCUGUAUUUCAUUUCAGAGUUGAAUUUUAUGGCGCACAGUCGACAAGUUGUCAGUCAUUUGCUCCUUUCUGAGUUAAGGUAGCUAUAAACGGACCAAACUGAAUUUAAUAGUGACUUUUUAUAACGGAGUGCUGACAUCUUGUGGCUGCAAGUUCAACGUUGAAAUCCACCUGAGACGCUCAUGAUAUUUCGAGGACGAUCUUAUUAGACGCCAUUGUUAGAGCCAGUUUUGUAGACAUGCCUCAUCUUUCAUUCAGUGUUUCAUAUCGUGCUGUAAAUUUAAUGCCAGAAUUUGUGAGGCUUUCUUGAACUUUUUUUUUUUUUGUGCCUAAUGUUUUUGUUUUGUUUUAAUGUUAUAUUGAUUUUCACUUUCUGCAGUACUGGAAAUAAGAUAUCUCUAUACUUAACAAACUUGUAACUGUUGACUAACUCUUACAGAAAUAUUUGACUAUAACAAGUAUAACUUAAUGAGCUUUUUUAAACAAAAAAGUUAUUCAAGUGUUAGUGUGCUCAAUAGAUUAGCAUCUGCAUUUGAGGACAGUUUUAAAAAUAGUUUGGAUGUCUUUCCAGUGUAGAACUUUAACUGUUAAAAUCAACCUUUUUAAUCAUUCCUUAUUGUGACACUUUGCAAGCAUUUAGAAACAGCAGGGAUGCGACGGCCGAAAAGGGAUCUUCGUGUUGAGUAUUAGAUCAUUUCUAAAAGGAAUUGGCAGUGUACGAGUGUGUAUGUUGAAAAGUAUGAGUGGUGUUUCCUUAAAGGAAGUGACAUCUGUGUAUUUGUUUGCAAAAAAAGUUUCAACCAAAGUUUCCAGAUCCCAUCGAAAGCAAUGCUUGCUUAAGGUUUUGUGGAAGCUAUGAUCUGGUAUGGCAGCCGUCUACCAGCUUCAGAUGAUUAUUAUUGUUUUCAGAGAAUGAUAGGUGAAAAACAAAAAGAUCUUGAUUUGAUUUGCUUAGUUGUGGUUCUAACUUCCUAACCCUUUAUCAUUCUAAGAUAAAUUAAACAGCAUUUCACAGUUCUAUAGUAAAUUUAUGUAUGUACAAAACUUAUUUACAGAUAUGAAAGUAUAUAUAUGUUUUGGAAAUUGUCUUUUAGAAAUCGCUUAUGACAAACUUUGAAGGUACUCGCAGAAUUGGCGCAAAGGGAAUUUUAAAGAUCUUUUACUGUGCAGUACACAAGCUGCUGUCACUGCUUGUAUUUCGUGUUCUGUAAAUGAAAUGUGUUUUUACUCAGAUUUCCAUUGAUUAAAAAAGCCCUCUGAAGUUUU